AAACAGAGAGGGAGGGGGGAGAGACGGACGCGGAGAAACUCAGCAGCAUCUGUACCAAACGAUGAAGGCUUUCUCAGAUUCCUCGGUUUAGGCUUAAAAAUAAAGAAAAGGAGAAGCCGCGUUCACCAUGUAUGGGUUUGUGAAUCACGCCCUGGAGCUCCUCGUUUUAAGAAAUUACGGCCCGGAAGUGUGGGAAGACAUCAAGAGGGAGGCUCAACUUGAUAUUGAGGGUCAGUUCCUUGUUAGAAUUAUAUAUGAAGAUGCCAAAACAUACGAUCUCGUCGCAGCUGCAAGUAAAGUUCUCAAGAUCGAUGCAGGAGACAUCUUGCAGAUGUUCGGAAAGAUGUUUUUCGAAUUUUGCCAGGAGUCUGGAUAUGACACCAUCCUACGUGUGUUGGGCUCAAAUGUUCGUGAAUUUCUGCAGAAUUUGGACGCCCUGCACGAUCACCUGGGUACCAUUUAUCCUGGGAUGAGGGCUCCCUCGUUCCGCUGCACGGAUGCAGAGAAAGGAAACAAUCUGAUUCUUCACUACUACUCAGAGAGAGAAGGCCUGCAAGACAUUGUGAUCGGCAUCAUUAAAACCGUCGCUCAACAAAUCCACGGAACAGAGAUAGAGAUGAAGAUGAUCCAACCGAAAAGUGAGGAGUGCGACCACAUCAAGUUUCUGAUAGAGGAGAAGGACUCGGAGGAGGAGGCGUUCUACGAAGACCUCGACGGCUUCGAGGAGAACGGCACGCAGGAGACUCGGAUCAGCCCCUACACGUUCUGCAAGGCCUUCCCGUUUCACCUGAUGUUCGACAGAGACCUGAUGCUCACACAGUGCGGGAACGCCAUUUACAGAGUCCUGCCUCAGCUCCAGCCCGGUACCUGCAUCCUCCCUUCAGUUUUUUCUCUGGUCCGUCCUCACAUUGACUUCAGUUAUCACGGCAUCCUCUCUCACAUCAACACCGUCUUCGUUCUGCGAAGCAAGGAGGGCCUGCUGAAUGUGGAGACGGUGGAGAAUGAGGACGAGCUGACGGGGGUGGAGAUCAGCUGUCUGAGACUGAAAGGACAGAUGAUUUACUUGCCAGAGGCAGAGAACAUCCUUUUUCUUUGCUCACCCAGUGUUAUGAACCUGGAUGACCUUACUCGGAGGGGGCUGUACCUGAGUGACAUCCCGCUACACGACGCCACGCGGGACCUGGUGCUGCUGGGCGAGCAGUUUCGUGAGGAGUACAAGCUGACCCAAGAGCUGGAAAUCUUGACGGAUCGCCUCCAGCACACACUCCGGGCACUUGAGGACGAGAAGAAGAAGACAGACAGAUUGCUCUAUUCCGUUCUGCCGCCGUCUGUUGCCAACGAGCUGCGACACAAGCGGCCCGUCCCGGCAAAGCGCUACGACAACGUGACCAUCCUCUUCAGCGGCAUCGUGGGAUUCAACGCUUUCUGCAGCAAGCACGCCUCGGCCGAGGGAGCCAUCAAGAUAGUCAACCUGCUCAACGAUGUUUACACACGCUUUGACAUCCUGACGGACUCUCGGAAGAACCCUUAUGUAUACAAGGUGGAAACAGUCGGUGAUAAGUACAUGACAGUGAGCGGACUCCCGGAGCCGUGCACGCACCACGCCAAGUCAAUCUGCCACCUCGCUCUUGACAUGAUGGAGAUCGCCGGACAAGUCAAAGUGGAUGAUGAACCAGUACAGAUCACUAUUGGGAUCCACACAGGAGAGGUGGUGACCGGGGUGAUUGGCCAGAGGAUGCCCAGAUAUUGCCUUUUUGGAAAUACAGUCAACCUCACAAGUCGUACAGAAACGACUGGCGAAAAGGGAAAAAUAAACGUCUCAGAGUAUACUUAUCGGUGUUUGCAGUCUGCCGAGAACGCCGACCCUCAGUUUCAUCUGGAGUACCGGGGCCCCGUCACCAUGAAAGGGAAGAAGGAGCCGAUGAAGGUGUGGUUUCUUUCCAGGAAGCCCACCGACACGGAGUCCGCCGCAGCUAGAGCUUAACAACUCACCGUGAGCACGAUGCUGAGGCAGGAGCGAGAUGGAUCGGGUUAAAUAUAAAAUAAUAAUCUAUCCAGAGACACGCAGAUAUUUUUAUUAUGAUGAAUCACCGUUGUGUCAGUGUGAAUUUGAACCUGUACUAUCGCCCUCCCUCCUUCCCUCUCUACUUCUUUCUGCUUUCCCAUGAUGUGCCAUGACCUCAUUAUAUUUUAUAAAUGUGCAGUAUUUUAAGAAUAGUAGAGAUUACUGAUACAGUAAGUGGUGCAUUCACAUUUGGUACAUUUUUGCACAACGUCGUCUGGUAUUUCUAAAAACUACACGAGACUGUCACCAAUAUUUUUGAUAAGCGGAACAGUUUUCCAUCAAUUGUAAAUGUUCUUUGUUGCCAAUAAUUGUCUGGUGUGCCAAAAAAUCCUGAGAAUUUAUAGUCCUUGCCAAAAAUACUCAUUUCACUUUAACUUUAUAAAAUCUGUAUUAUGUAAUACACAAUAACUUCUUCUCAACAGGGAUAAUGUUAGAAUCUUCAUUCAAGUAUAAUAAAAAUGUUUUAUUUUUAUUUUUGAAUGUUAAGUUUUACACUGAAUAUGUUACACUGGCAUCAAGACACUAAGAACUGUAUUGAGGUAUUAAUGCUACUGUACCAUAUAUAUAUAUAUUUAUAUCGCCAUUGUCACAAUUGUUCUGGUGUAGCACCUAAGCCAACUACAGUCAUAUAUUACAUUUUGAAGAUAUUUAUUGGUUAGUUUUCCAAGUCAUCUGAGCCUUUGGUCAAAUCUGCAUUAUCAUACAUCUAUGACUAAACUAUUAAAGUAGCCUCAUUUAUGCACACAAUACACCACUUUAUUUAUUUAUUGCACCCCUGUAUUCAUCGCGCAAUCACUUCAUGUCUUUGUCCAUGAAAUAACACUGAGUACUACUUUAGGUUCUACUGUGUGUUUUUGAGAUAUGUACUAAAAGUCCUUCAUAUUUAUUGUUCGCUUCAUGUUACUGAUCCAAGUGGUGAUCACCUUUAGAAAAGUAAACAUUAUUAUGGAGGAAAGUGCUGUUUGUGCCAACUUGAGCAAACCUUUAACUUUGUUUUAUGUGUUGGAUUGACUUCUUAAGAGUAUACGGACUGCACAUUUUCACCAUGUAAUCCAAAUUCAUUAUUACCAAGCUUCACGUAAUGGUCUCACGGCUUAUUGGUGCCUCUUGUACUGUACAGUAUGAGUGCAUUUUUGUGCUUUUGAGACAUGACUGUUCUAUCUGGCCAGUGUCUUUUAGGAGGUAGCUAAUAAAAAAAGAGACUUGACACAUG